AUGGAUAGCCUUCGGUUCAUAAUCCUAUCUUUAAUGGUGAUCGUUGCGGCACUAUCUCAGGACUAUGAUGAGUUUAUCGGAGGGAAACGGGCAGCCAUGGAUCCACAUGCGUUUCGUAUGUCAUUUGGCAAACGUUUUGUAGGAAGAAACAUUGAUCCAAAUGCAUUCCGUAUGAGCUUUGGGAAACGAAGUGCGUCGCCACAGUUGGAAAUCGUAAAUCCUUAUGAUCAAGAACUUGUGAAGAGAAUGGACAUGAAACACUACUACAUUGGUCUCGGGAAGCGUUAA